UCUCAGCAUAGACCUAGUCGGCCAGUCUCAGACUCGCCCACCACAAAGGAGUGAACUGACAGAUGUCAAGGUGAACGAUACGCAAGAGUUGGUUCAGAUUGUGCCCAACCAGAAGAGCAGCAUUGAAGAUGUGUGGCAGGAGCAGCUGUGCUUCAGGGCGAAUUGUGGCUCUGAAGUGCUCCGUUACAGGCGGCCUCAGGUCUCUAGCUGGCUGGUCUUUGCCCGGAUUAUCGCCCACAUGUCAGUCCCACAGCAGGCCCGUGCGGUGGUGGAGAAAAUCAUCCACCACCCCCACUAUGACGACAGGAGUCACGACUAUGACAUUGCACUGAUGAAACUCAGAGCGCCCUUGAACUUCUCCGGUCAGAGGAAAGGAAGAGAACAUCCAGGUCACUGCAAAGAGCACAGGGGAGUGUGGGUGUCCCGGAUGCAAAGCAGGAGCAGGCCUGGCUGGGCCCAGCCUCUGGAGCAGGGAGACAGCGGGGGGCCGCUGGUUUGCCAAGAUGAACUCACCUGGCGCCUAGUGGGUAUCGUGAGCUGGGGCACGGGGUGUGCUGAACCCAACUACCCUGGGGUUUACACCAAGGUGGCCGAAUUCCUGGACUGGAUUUAUCAGAUCAUCAAGCAAGAGCCUUCCAGAGGCAGGAAAUCAGAAACGCAAGCCGUCUCCCUCUGCUUUGGACGGCGCAGAGCUGAGAGGCACAGAGGCAGGGCAAUCAGCAGCACAACAUGCACCUAAAUACAGAGGGAUGGAAAAAUACUCCAAAAGGCCUAGAGGGCCCUGCUCCCUGUGGGAAAGGUGGGCGGACGGCAAAGGGCCCCUCGCAGCUGAAUUCUCCCCCACUGAGGUAAAGAGUUUAAUCCGAGCCUUGUUCCAGAACACAGAGAGGAGAGCAGCAGCCCUUGUGAAAAUUAAAUAGCCUUGUGUUUACUCCUGUGCAAUAGACCUUUUCCUGGGAAAGCAACAGUAAAUCAGGUUUCAAACUCUUAUUUGGAUUUAACCCUUUUUCCUAAUGAGUUUAGCUUUAUGAAAGCACUUCCUAAAGGCCUGGCCAAUGGGAAAAAACUUCACCCAGCUCAGCAUCUAUACAAUAAAUGUAGCAAUUUAUUGCAGCUUGGCCUCCAAAAGCAAAGGAGAGUAACUCCUUGGCACUAGCCGGUGCUACUUCGUCCACUACUCAGAGAAGUGCCAUGCUGUAAAACUCUGGCUCCUGACAUGUAGUCUACCAGCCCGGACCCAUUUCGGGCGAUACGGGGUAACUUAUCAGCUAGAAAAACUUCAUCGCUACCGUGCUAAGCACAUUUGUGGAGGUCAUAACUGUGGUGUCGGUAGAUUCUGGAAGCGGCGCAUUUUUUCUAUGUCAUACAAUGUUUAAAUGGGACCGGGCACCAAAUUUGAAAACAUCUGAAAAUCACAAGAAGGGCCGUAACUCAGACGCGUAGUUUAAUUUUGACCAAAACCGUCAGUCUUCUAAACACAAAUCGUACUGUUUUGGAAGGUUUGGGAAACAUUUAGCCCCGGGCGAUCAGCUUUAUGCAAGUUCCUGUACUCUUUUACCUUUGGUUAAAGCAAGUCUGUAGUCACACGACAGUCAGAGCCUGUUUGUACCAUGUAUUGCAUCAAAAUAUUUGUCAUUAUUUGUAGAAUAGACUGAUCUGAGAAGUUUUUUCUGUCUGCUAUUUUUAUUAAGUUAUACAGAUGACAAGAUCCCCACCCUCUAAUUAUAAAACAUAUAUUUACGAUAUCCUCUGCUCAGCCAGAGACAUAAGCCUAAAGCACACACGGUACAAAUAUAAUUUCAGUAAUAAUACAUGCGAACUCCUUAUAGAACAGUAAUGACGCUUAGUGGAAUGGCUGUAGAGCAUGUUGUAUGAAGGUGUCGUGUGAAUACCAAAGGAUAGCCACGUGCUGUCAAUGUAACCCCUUCAUCUAACGAUGGGCUAUUGAAUGCCUAACGCAGCACCCCUUCGAACUAUAUUUACUCACAAACAUCGUCGCUGUAAUUUGCAGAUAGUUGAAACAUUUCUGCUCCCACCCAGAGUCUCCGCCCUGUUCGAUAGUCUGCUGCUGCACUCAUCCCUGUCACAGCUGCACGCACGGGAGCCCAACAAACCUUCCCUGCGGCGGCCGGGGCUCUCA